AUGAGUUUCCGCCCUUUGAAUGAAACGUUCCCGGUGGCAUAUAUUGAGAAUCCCAAGAAGAACCGAAUUUUCCAAUGGCACAGACUCACACUGCAAGGGGGACUCAGCCAGCUCUCCUUCCCACUCUCUGAGGAGCCCACGCUGGGUUCCUACAAGAUCAUACUGCAGAAGGAAUCAGGGAGAAAAAUAGAGCACUCCUUUAAGGUGGAUGAAUAUGUUUUGCCCAAAUUUGAGGUCCAAGUGAAAAUGCCCAAGGUUAUUGGUUUUCUAGAAGAUGAAUUUGAGGUAUCCGUCUGUGGCCUAUACACCUAUGGAAAGCCUGUCCGUGGUCUGGUGACAAUUAAUGCAUGCAGAAAAUAUUCACGAUACAGUUCUACCUGCCAUGGAGAAUAUUCACAAAAUAUCUGUGAAGAAUUUAGCCAACAGACAGACAAUGAAGGCUGUUUCACAAAACUUGUAAAGACUAAAAUAUUCCAGCUGAGACAAAGAGGGUAUGACAUGACCUUACAAGUGGAGGCCAAGGUCAAAGAAGAGGGAACAGGGUUGGAAUUAACUGGACAAGCCUCAUCUAAAAUCACAAAUUCCUUAAGCAAACUGGAAUUUACCCAAAUAGAUUCACAUUACAGGCGUGGGCUCCCUUUCUUUGGGCAGGUUCUUCUGGUUGAUGAGAAGGACCGGCCAAUCCCCAAUAAAACUAUAACAGUCAGUGUAGAUGGAAAUGCAUACCAAGCCAGCUUCACCACGGAUGAGCAGGGUUUGGUGAACUUUUCCAUUGAUACCUCUAACUUCACCACUGCUAUUACCGUUCUGGCCACUUACAAACAGAAACAACCCUGUUUUGAUAACUGGUGGCUUGAAGAAUUUCACACCCCAGUGCAGCACACUGCAAGACAUAUUUUUUCCCUGAGCAAAAGUCAUAUUCACCUUGAACCUGUGAUUGGUACCGUGGCCUGUGGGCAAACCCAGGAGAUUCGGACACACUACAUCUUGAAUGGAGAGAUUCUGAAGAAUGAAAAAGAGUUAACCUUCUAUUAUUUGAUAAAAGCAAGAGGAAGCAUCUCCCACUCAGGAAUCUACCUGUUGUCCACUGAACAAGGAGAGAUGAAAGGGGUAUUUUCCUUCUCCUUUCGAGUGGAACCAGACUUUGCUCCAAAAGCCCUGUUGCUUGUUUAUACUGUUUUACCUAGUGGAGAAGUUAUUGCAGAUACCAGGACACUCAAGAUUGAAAACUGUUUUGUCAAUAAGGUAAAUUUGAGCUUCUCCUCAGCCCAGAUCCUGCCAACCUCUGACACCAACCUGAAGGUCACAGCCACUGCUUACUCCCUCUGUGCCCUCCGUGCUGUUGAUCAGAGUGUCCUGCUAAUGAAGCCAGAAGCUGAGCUCUCACCUCAAUCAGUCUAUCGUUUGCUCCCCAAAAAGAAUUUCCAUAGCAUUAGAAGUAGAGUUCCCAUGGAAGAAGAUGGUGAGAAAUGCAUCAGUGCAGAAGACAUAACUCACAAUGGAAUCGUUUACACACCCAAAGAGGUCUCGGAUGAUGAUGAUGCCUACAGUAUCUUUGAGUCUGCAGGAUUAAAAAUUUUUACCAACUCAAAAAUCCACAAGCCACGUUUUUGUCAGCGGUUUCAGCCAUUUCCAAUCAGGCCUAUGCUCUAUUCAGAAGGUUUUGGUCCAGUAGGUCCACGAGGUCCAGUAGGUCCAGUAGGCUCUGCUAUGGUACGUGGAGAUACAGGGCCAGCGUAUACAAUGGCAAUAAGAGAAGAUGGUCCAGCCGUGGUAGUAAAAGAGACAGUCCGGAAAUAUUUCCCUGAGACCUGGAUCUGGAAGUUGGUGCCACUUGAUGGGUCGGGGAGCAGUGACUUGGCAGUGAAGGUCCCUGACACCAUCACAGAGUGGAAAGCCAGUGCAUUCUGCUUGUCUGGAACAGCAGGGCUUGGCCUCUCCCCCACCAUCUCUCUUCAAGUCUUCCAGCCCUUCUUCCUGGAACUCACUCUUCCCUACUCUGUGGUUCGAGGAGAAGCCUUCACACUCAAAGCCACCGUGUUCAACUACCUGUCCCACUGCAUUCGGGUCAGCGUGCAGCUGGAAGCCUCUCCUGCCUUCCAGGCCAUCCCGGUAGAGAAGGGUGAAAACUCUCACUGUGUCUGUGGAAACAGGCAGAAAACAGUGUCCUGGGCAGUGACCCCAAAGGCACUGGGAAAGGUGAAUUUCACAGCUACUGCAGAAGCCCUGAAGUCUCAGGAAUUGUGUGGCAAUGAGAUACCCCAAGUCCCAGAACUUGGACAGAAGGACACCGUGGUCAAGCCCUUAAUAGUGGAGCCUGAAGGAAUAGAAAAGGAGGAAACUUUCAACACACUUGUCUGUGCAUCAGAAACUGGAGAACCUAAAUAUUUUUCACUAAAACUUCCUUCAGAUGUGGUUGAAGGCUCUGCCAGGGCGACAUACACAGUUUUAGGUGACAUACUAAGCUCUGCAAUGCAAAAUCUUCAGAAUCUCGUCCAGAUGCCCUAUGGUUGUGGAGAGCAGAAUAUGGUCCGUUUUGUCCCUAAUAUCUAUGUUCUGAACUAUCUGAAAGAGACACAACAGCUGACAGAGAAGAUCAAGUCCAAAGCCAUCAGCUACCUCGUCAGUGGUUAUCAAAGACAGUUGAAUUAUAAGCACAGUGAUGGUUCAUACAGCACCUUUGGGGAACAUGGUGGUGGAAGCCAGGGAAACACUUGGCUGACUGCCUUUGUGCUCAAGUCCUUCUCUCAAGCCCGGGCAUACAUCUUUGUGGAGGACUCGCACAUCCAAGAUUCCCGUAACUGGCUCUCCCAGAAGCAAAAGGAAAACGGUUGUUUCCAGCGCUCUGGAUCAUUGUUCAACAAUGCUAUUAAGGGCGGGGUAGACGAUGAGGUGACACUCUCUGCCUACAUCACCAUUGCGCUGCUGGAGAUGCCACUGCCUGUCACUAACCCAGUUGUCCAUAAUGCUCUGCUCUGCCUGGAAAAGGCCUGGGAAUCCAUCUCAGAGGCCCAAGGAAAUCUGGUCUAUACCAAGGCAUUACUGGCCUAUGCCUUCACCCUAGCAGGAAACCAGGCCAAGCGAAAGGAGCUGCUUGAAUCACUGGACAAAGAGGCUAUAAAAACAGAGGACUCAAUACACUGGCAACGUCCUGAGAAGCCUCAAGAAGUUAGUGAAUUCGGUUAUCAACCCCGGGCUCCUUCUGUUGACGUGGAGAUGACCUCUUACUUGCUCCUUGCCCGUGUUGCUGCCCAGCCUGCCCCAUCUUCAGAAGACCUGUCCAUGGCUACACGUAUGGUGAAAUGGAUCACCAAGCAACAAAACCCCAGCGGGGGCUUCUCUUCCACUCAGGAUACAGUGGUCGCUCUUCAAGCCCUCUCCAAAUAUGGAGCACUCACUUUCACCAAAUGGGAGAAACCAGCCACAGUCACCGUCAAGUCUUCAGAGAGCUUCUCCAAAGAAUUCCAAGUCGACGAAACCAAUCGCCUGUUGCUGCAGGAGGUCACAUUGCCAGAGAUCCCAGGGGAAUACAGCACAGUGGUAUCAGGGUCAGGAUGUGUGUACCUCCAGACAUCCCUAAGAUACAACGUUCUGCCCAAGAAAGGAAGAAAAGCUCCCUUUACUCUGAAAGUUGAUACUGUCUCUAAGAAUUGUGAUGCAGUGGAUGCUCACAGCAAAGUCCAGAUUCACAUCAACAUUAGCUACACUGGGGAACGACCCAGCUCCAACAUGGUCAUUGUUGACGUGAAGAUGGUAUCAGGCUUCAUUCCUGUGAAAUCCUCUGUGAAAAAGCUCCAAGAAAGGCCUCAGAUUCAAAGGGCUGAAGUGAACGUCAACCACGUCCUGAUUUACUUUGAAGAGCUAACCAGUGAAGUCUUGAGUUUUUCCUUCUCAGUGGAACAGGACAUUCAAGUAGAGAAUUUAAAACCAGCUACAGUAAAGGCCUAUGACUAUUAUGAGACAGAGGAAUUCGCCAUUGAAGAGUACAGUGUUCCCUGCAGUGCCGAAUCUGAACAUAGAAAUGCCUGAAAAUGGAAACUUAUGGACCCCAUCAGAUGAACUUUUCCAGAAAAGAAAGAACAAAGACUUAUCAGGAGAGAAGAUGGUGGGAGAAAGAGGGGAUGGG